CUUGACGUACGAUGACGAUGAUGAUGGCCCUAAAGGCACUCGCUCACUCACCUGACUACUCUCCUUUCGGUCUUCACGCGUCUUCCGCUAGUGUUGUGCCUGCGGAGCUUGGAUUAGUACUUGGUACACUAUGGUGUUACUCGAGAAUGAAUCGUUUCUCAGCGAACUGACGAAGUUGUUCCAAAAGUACAGAAGCAGUGGUUCCGUCUACAUCACCAUGAAAAGAUAUGACGGCAAAACCAAGCCAAAGCCGCGGCAAGAGAAACUCGCUGCCAAUCCAAUCCAGCCACCAGCGGAGUACAAGUGCCUACUCAGAGCACAUGCUGGGCCAAACAAAAUCAGCACAGUGAUUAACGCCAAGGACGUCAACAGGUUUCAACUGGCAUACGCCAACCUCCUCAAAGGAAACAUUGAUGGACUCAAGAAGAAAGACAAGAAGAAGAGCACUGCAAAAGCCACUCAGUAAAGCUAUUUAUUAAUUUUUUUUU